AUGCUAGGCACCACAGACUGGCUGCUCAAGCGCUUCUUGAAAUUCGUCUUGAAGCGCAACGUGGGCAAGUACCUAACCUCCGAAAUUGACCUCGAGCAGCUCGACGUCAAGCUCGACACAGGGAAGCUUGAGCUCAAGAAUCUCCUAUUGAACUGCGAUGCUGUGAAUAAGGACUUGGCGUUGGACGGAUGGCUUGUCAAAGCCGGCUAUGUGGGAAGCGUCAACGCCAAGCUGCCUUCGCUAUUCUCAUCAGCCAGCCAAUGCAGCGUUGUGGUGAACGAAGUCAUGCUGACGGUCGCGCCUGCGUCACCUGUGGCAGCCGGAGCGUCUUUCACACCCAGAGGGGCUACGCCAGAUUGCCUCAACAAACCGGCCACAGCCUUCCCCCAGGACAAUCCCUUGCCAAGCCCGCCUGCGCAGCCAACUGCUCAGUCCAGCAGCGCUUCCAGCGCGAUAAAUUUUCUCCUCGCAGACGAUUUCGGCUGGACGGGGCAGGGCGCGGUCAUGGACGGCAUUAAGCGAAUUGCUGGCAGCCUGCAAUCAUUGCUACAGCACAUGCGCGUGGAAGCAUCCAACGUCCUUAUAAGGGUAGAGCUGCCGCACCCCACAGAAAAGGCCCGCAUCGUCACGGCCGCGCUGAAGCUCGACUUAGUGGAAUUCGGUGACCUAUCCAGCCGGCCAGCCGGCUCUCACGCCGGCCCUGCCGCUACACAGCAGCACCCUCACCAACAUGCCAACGACCACCGGAACAAUAGCCAGGUACUGCAUCAUAAGGCCCAGCGGGGCUCGUCGGCGCGGCCGGGGAGCGCUGGCGAUGGUGGCGGCGGCGGCGGCAUGUCAGGGGCCUCGCCAACGGCGGCUGGCGGCGCUGCUGCAACAGCAAGUCGACGGGAGAUUGCCAAGUACGUUCAUGUCAAGGGGCUAUCUCUAGACUUACUGGAGACAGCACCGCUGUUAACAGGUGCGAGCACUGCCGCAGCCAGCACCGCGGCCGGUAAGGUGGUGUCGUCGCCGCCGUCAGGGGCCGGGGUGACGGCAGGCGCCUCUACUACCGCCGCCGCCGCCGCUGCCGGCGUGACCUUGGUUUCGGGGCCGGGCAAGCACGGUCUGCAGCUGAGCGUGGAGUUGCGCAUGGUGCUCCCCGAUGAGCCUGGCCAGCCGACCCAAAUCGCGGCUGAUCUCCAUUUGGGUGCCGUACGACUACAGCUCCUACCGAGCCAUGCGGUGUGCCUGGCCGCGCUUAAGGCAGUCCUAGACCGUCAGGGAGGAGCAGCAGCUGACGCGGUGGCAGGUACGGCGCCUGACGGUGGCGGGAUGGAGCUGUGGGGGUCGCCGUACCCCUCCACGUCGGCAUCCAUGCACAGCGCCGCUGGCGGCGGCGGCGGCGGAGGGCACUGGGGCCGUCCGUCGCUGUUCGAAUCCAUCAUGAUGCCGAACUGCGAGGGCGUCGUGGCGCAUUCCCUGGAGCCGUACGCAUCGUACGGUGAGGCGAGCGAGUUCCAUGACGCCUGUAGCCGAUUUGGAUCCCUGGCUAGCAGCCUGGUCAGCAGCGUCACACAGACAGGAACGAACCUGCUGGGCUACGUGGCGGCCGGGGGAAGCACCACGAUGGAUUGGAUGGGUUCGGCGGCGGCGGCGGCGGCCACCACGACGGUGACGGCGGCGGCGACGCACGUCCAACAAUACCAGUCACAGGCGUCUUUGCCGCGGACGGCGGGUGACCUGCAGCCGCCGCCUCCGGCGGUUACUGCAACGGUGGCGGCGGCAUUUGCCGCCGCCGCGGCGGCGGCGGCGGCGGCCUCAGAAGCCCCGCGGGCGCCGCCGCCAGUGGUUAGCGUCCGCGCGCACGUAUCACACGCAGCCUUUGUGCUAUGCUACAAGCUGUCCUCUGCAUCGUCAUGCUCAUCGCCCGCCGUGGCGGGGUCAGCUGCCACGGCGCAACCACGCAAAGGCGGCGCCGCCGCGCAUGCUAGCGGCGCCGCCAACCACCCUGGAGCGUCAGGUAGCUUAGUGGUUGAUCUUCAGGACCUCACCUGCGACGUCCUGAUGGAUGCGGCGCGCGGUAACUCCAUGUUGCUUCAGGCAGGGCAUCUACAAAUGUACGAGCAGCUGCCGGCGGCGGUCGGCGCAAAGUACGGCAUGACGCCGGCGGAGUGGGUCCGGGUGCCGGAGGUGUUGCCGCAGGCGCCGCACCGCUUUCGCCACACGCAGCCCGGGCCGGCGCGCCCGUCGGGGGGCUCCGGAACCGCUUCUUCUGCCGCAGGGUGCGGAUCCAGGAUGGUGAUGAUGCGACCGCCCGGACACAAUGCACAGGUUGCCGCGGCUACCGGCUUCGGGAAUGGUGGUGGUGGUGGUGCGUUGCAAACAUGGCCGAUUCUCAUGUGCGCAAGUACGCACUCACCAGCGGGUGGGCACGCAGCGGCGACAUCUGCAAAUCCGCAUUCGCAAGCACAGCAUCAUCUGCAUGCAGCUGGGCAUGGCUGUACUGCAGGCAAGGCGGCAGGCAACCGUCCAGUCGGCGGCGGCGCCGCCGCCGCCACGGCUACAUCAGGCCAUGGUGGUGGCUGCCUGCGCGUGCACGCGGCCUGGGGCGGCGGCGCCGCCGCCACCGCCGCUGCUGCCGAAUGCAAGAUAGCUUCAACAGGCGCUGUCGGCGCGGGCUACGAACGGUACGGCAGCGAAGUUGUACCAGCCGUACCGUGGUACGACCUAUCGGUGGAGGUGCUUCCCGUCACGGUGUGGGUCUCCUUACCGCUGGUGCAGCGGGUAAUGGAUUUUGUGGCACCGCUGGCGGCGGCGGAGCCGUACAGGCUGACAAAUGAUGGUCAACAACAAAAGACCCACCGUCAACACCCCCACGCCCCGCGCGUACCCCGACUCAACUCGGGGCCCCUACCCCGCCUGUCAAUGACCCUCGUAGCGCCCCACGUGUGUGUGCUGCUGGCGCUGGGUCCCCCCGCCGCCUCCGCCUCCUCCUCCUCUCCGCUGCCUUCACAAGCCACGGCUGCUUCUUCGUCGUCGUCGGCGCACCCCCAGUCGCACGGCCAUUCCCAGCAACAUCAACAGCACUACCCGUACCACGGCGUUCAUCAUUCUCCGACGCUUGUGUACGGCACCUCCGGUGCCGCACUCCACGGGAACCACCAGGGUCAGGCUUACGGCGCGGCUGGGGGCCAGGCGGCGCCGCCGCCGCAGCCGCCACAGCCGCCGUCGCUGUACGGCAACGGUUGGGCAGGAUCCGGAAAUUACCACCACCACUACAGCCACUUUCACCACCUGAACGGUGCUGCUGUUGCUCCAGGGCUUCCUGUUGGGGGACAUCAGCCAGGGCGUCUGGGGGGGGGUAUGGUGCCGUACUGGCCGCCGUCGGCUUGGGCGGCGGUUCCGGAGCCGCGGGCCCUUCUGACCGUCUACCAGACACCCGCCACGGACCGCCUGAUACCGUCGCAGGUGACGACGGUGGACCUGGCGGCAGGCGUCGUGGAGCUGCUGAUCCCUCAUCACAUGCAGCACCUCCACGCCGGGCCGCUUACGGGCCCUGGGCACGUGCCGCCGGGUUGCGGCCUGCACGUCCACUUGUGUGCCGACCCGGGGGUCGGUAGCGCCCCGGAGUUGGUUUCGGAGGCGUGGGGCCACGUGGCGACGCACGCGCAGGACCGCUGGGCGGAUCCUGACGGCGAGGGCGGUGCCUGGGAGGAGCGCAGCAGCUUUCGGAGCGUGGCUUUCCAUGAGCGAUGUCGGAAGUCUUCCGCCACCUUCCUGCACCUGCACGCGCCCAAAGCGCUCCUGCAUCUCACUCGCACCGACCUGGCAGACCUGGCGACACUGCCGGCGGCGGUAUUGCCGCCGCCGCCGCCGCUGUCGCCUCCGGCGUCGGCUACCGGCAGUGGCGGAGCGACGGCGGCGCAGAGCUGCGUAUUGCUGGAAAUCGGGCUGCAGGGCUUGGGUCUGGUGCUUGGGGGCUCCCGGGUGGCAAUGUACGAGCUGGUCGUGGACGAGCUGACGGUGUUCCGGGCUAGCAACUUGGGCACGCAGGAGGGCUGCCACGUCACUUCCGUACACGCCGACGGCGUCACGCUGCUGGGCCAUCUGGAGCAGCAGCACCAGCAGCUGCAGCACCAGCUGCAGCAGGCCGCGGCGGCCGCCACCGCGCGGGGCCAGCGGCCGCCGCCGCCAGCGGCGGCAGGUCAUCAGAACGGUGUCACUUCCACCGCCCCUCCGCCGCGGCGGUCGCUCUCCGGCGGCGAUCCACCGGCUUUGCAUGCUAUCUGCCUGGUCCAUUGCCCCCCCGCCGGCGCGGCGGCGGACAGCAAACAGCCAUCGUACAUUGAAUACGUGUGCGUGGAGGGCCGACGGCCACAGCCGCCGCCGCUCCAGGCAGCCGCGGUACGGCGCGGCGGCGCCGCCGCCACCGGUGCCGCUGAUUGGGGCCCUCGCCGCAUAUCAGGUUCAGGUGCAAUCAACGCGAUUCCUUUUACGCAGCAGCAGCAGCAGCAGCAGCAGCUGCAGCUGCAGCAGCAGCAGCAGCAGCUGCAAGGAGAUGAUUCCGCCGCUGCGACGGCAAUGCACUCAGUGCUGCUGCAGGGCGUGACUGUUGCGACAGAUCACGGGUAUGUGACGAUGGACUGGGCGGUGCAGCUUGGGGAGCUGCUGGGGUCCCUGGCGGCGGCGGCGCCGGCGCCGGCGCCGGCUACGCCACCUGGGCCCGGCGGCGCCGCCAAGGGACACCUGGCAGUCAACGUCGUUGACUUGGCGUUGCGUCACGAGCCAAUGGACUACCCCACCGCCGCCACCACUGCGCCUGGUGUUUUCGGCUGUACGGCACCGGGCAGUACGGGACCUGGCAGUACGGCACCGGGCAAUGGGGGGCCCAGCAGUGGCCACGUGAGCGCCGUGGCCCUCGCGCUCAUCAUCGAGGCCAUCCAUUUGGGCCUGCCGCUGGGUGGUGCAGAGCAGGUGCCGUACACGCCUCCCGUACAUACCGUCGUACUGCAUUCCCUGACGCUGCACCUUGCCGCCGCCGACCAGCGCGGUCCGGGCUGGACCGCCGCCGACCCACGGGCCAUACGGGAGCCGCUGCUGCAGGCUUGCGGCUACCACCGUGCCCUCCAGGAGGCCUCCAUCAAGGUGGUGGCGAAGCAGCGCCGCUACCCCCGGCGGCCGAAGGAGGGCGUGUCCGUGCCGCCGUCUGACGUCAACGUCGCCGCCGCUGCUGCUGCUGCUGCUGCUGCAGCGGCGGCGGCGGCCGCUUUGGCGGCAGCGGCGGAGCCGCCUUCGGAACAGCAACAGCAACAACAACAACAGGUACAGCAGCAACACGUACAGCAGCAAGGUGAAUUUCACACGACGUUGGAUGUGGAGGUUACCAAUCAGCACCUGCUGGGGAUGCUGACGGUGGAAUCGGCGACGCUGUUGGCGCACUUUGCGAUGCAGACGGGUACUUUGAUGACGGCACGUCAAGCCGCCGCGGCCGCGGCCGCGGCGUUACCGCGCCGCUGCGGCGACGCCGGCGGUCGUACAACGGAUCUGUACUGGGACGCGGCAGCGUCAGAGAAUGGCGCCUCCACUGUCAACCCCGGCGGCGGCGGCGGCGGCAGCGGCACUUGCGGCCACUCAGAGGCCGGCGGCGACGCGGCGGGGUCGCUCCUAACGGCGCUGCUGUUGGAGGAAGUGGAGGAGAACGCGUUUCGGUGGCCGCCACCGGCGGCGGCGACGGCGGCAGCCGGCGGUGUGGCGGGCGCGCCAGGCGACGGCGAGGGCGCGGCGGCGGCGGCGGCUGGUGCAGUGGGAGGGGGCUGGUACCCACGAGCAACCCCUGGUGGUCAUGGUACGUGGUACGGUCCAGACGAGGGACCUGACAGACGACGGAUUCCGUCCGUGGUGACCCAUGGGUCACAGGCUGCUACGGUUCGUUAUCAUCAGAACGACGGCUACUACGCCGGUUUGGGUGGCGUAGCCGGUGGGGGCUACUCCGGAUUCGAACCGGAGACUCCACCAGUGGAACCCCACCACCCAACGAUCGAUUCCGGCAGCUUUAGUGACGGCGUUUUCACGGAUGUGGACUUGGGAGGGCCUCCUCUUGCAGGAGGGCCCGUUCUCGGUCGCUUCGGGUCGUGUGUUGAUGAUGCUGGCGUUCAUGCUUCUUCGCCGGGUGGCGGCGGAACUGGCAUGGAAGGGGUUCCGGACAAUUUCGACAUUGACGAUGUGCUGAUGAUGACCAACGACCCACGGGACGGUGGCGGCGCCGAAGCCCCGCGGCGCGUGACGACGGCGACCGCGGCGGCGGCGCCGUCGGCGGAGUCGUGGCCAUCAUCCGUCGGGAAUCGAUCUGGCAACGCGCCGACCUGGCGGUUACAGGAAGACUAUGUGCGCGUGCCUCGCAAAUCGGAGGAGGAUGGAGCCGGCGGCGCCGCCGCCGCUGGCACUGGCACUGGCGCGGCAGUCAGUGGCGGCAACGGCAUCGCCGCCGCUGCCGCCGGCGGCGGCGGCGGCGGCCCCGAAGGGCUGGGAGCUGGUGGCGGCGGCGCCGCCGCGGCUGGCGGCGCCGGCAGUGGGGUGGAUCAGCCGCCGCCGGUGUCGAGGAUUACUUUCAAGGACUUGUCAGGCAUCUGGGUCAUGCACACAACACGUUCCGGCAGCGCCGCGGCUGCAGCAGCGCCCGCGACGGCGGCCGGUGCCGCCAGCGGCGGCGGCGGGGGCAGUAGCAGUAACGGUCCCCAGGAAGGUCGCGUCGAGCUGGUGAUUGAGGGUUUAGGGCUUGUGUUGGAGAGCUAUGGGCCGGGGGGUUACCUCGCCCGCCACAUGAAGCUUGCCGUACACGAUCUAGAGAUCCGGGAUUGCGUGCUGGAGGUGAAGCAGCAGCAGCAGCGGGCCGCAGCGGCGGCGGCUGCGGCUGGGGUUCGGCCGCUGCGGCCGCUCGCAGCUGUCGCCGCCGCCGCCGCCGCCGCCAGCAGCGCUGCCGCCGCCGCCGCCAGCAGUGCCGCCAGCGGCGCCACCGGCGUGGGCGGUAUCGGCGGCGGCGCUGCUGCCGGUCGCGGUGGCGGCGCCGCUGGCGGCGGCGGCUGGGUACGGGUGCUGGGCUACCGGGCGGUUCGCGGUCGGCCGAGGGACAGCAGGGCGCCCCUGGUGGCGCUGACGUUGACGGCUGUACGACCAAACCCAGCGGCGUGUGACCCACGGGACGAGGAAUUUAGGCUAGCUGUGGCGCUACUGCCGCUAAGACUGAAGCUGACCCAAGACAUUAUGUCGUACCUGGCGUGGUACGGCACGUCGGUCUCCACGGCGCUGAAGCCGGCGGCUGCCGUACUAACCAACAUGCAGGCGCAUAAGUUCAUUACGGGCCUUGCGCCGGUCAACGCUGUGGUCAAAGUCGGCUCCGCCGUGGCGACACUGGUUUCGGCGCCGGCGCGACACCUUGCCCGCCGCGACGGCCCCGCCGCCGCUGCCGCCGCCGCCGCUGGCCGCCAGCUAGCGGCGCAGCUCCGCCGUACAUCCGCCACCUUCGCCUAUCGCCUCGUAUGCGAGGCGAUGGUGGCGGGCCGUCGAGCAGCUAACGGCGCCGGCAAGGCGCUUGCACGCGUCGGCAGCCAGGCACUAAAUGGAGCGUACGGGGCGGCCGCCGCCGCCGUCGACGCUGGCUACGGCUACGGCAACAGCCACCACCAGCAGGAGGGUGAGGAAGGGGAGUACUGCUACGGUUACGAGGGAGGCGUCCCUGGUCGCCGCAAUGGGGAAGGGGGGAGUCCACAAGGAGGCGGCGAGGGGGAGGACGAGGAGGAUGGCGGCGGCGAUGGCGGUGGCGGCGGCGUGUAUUGGGAAGACAGCCUGGCGGGGGGUGAUAGAAGCGGGGCUCUGUUGUGUGGAGAGGGCGAGGGUGGCGACGGCGACGGCGGCGACGGCGGCGGCGGCGGAGGAGGAGGAGGAGGAAAGGCGGAGGGCGGUGCGUCGCGUCGGACUCGCCACUUUCCCGCCAGCACUGUCGUACGGAAAGGUCUGUCCACCGUUGCGGCAAUGACCCCCGACGGAUCAACCGCAGCCACCGGCUCCGCAUCGGCGUCGUCGGCGGCGUCGCACCAGGUAGCGGCGGCGACGGCGGCGGGGGUACGGCGCAGCGUCAAUAGCGUGGCGCGGGCGCUGUCGGCGGCAGCGCCGGCAUCGGCGGCGGCAUUGCAGGGCCAGCUCAAGGGCACGCUACGAAGUGUACGGCGAGCGCUGCGCGCGCAGCUGUCGCCGAGUGUUCUCGCUGGUGGCGGAGCUGGCGGUGGGAGUACGGCACCUGCGGAUGGCUACCCGAUGCAGCCCCACUCUAAAGUCGACUAA